UCUGUUACCACGGGCUCCCUAUUAGCGUUGUUCCUCCCCUUCUACCCACACCCCUCCUACAGCCUCCAUCCUCCCUUCCUUAUCCCUCCACCUGCUUUCGGUCAAACGGCGAACAAAGAGCGCCUCCACCUCUCUGCUCCCCCAGCUGUUGUUGGGAGGGCUUACGACCGGGUAGAAAUAAAGAGAGAGACGUUCCUGUUCCGCCCCCACAAACGCCGCAGACAGUUCUGACAGGCGGCAGCCGAGCCGGACUCUUUCACUCUGUUCACAGCAGCGACACUGAAAAACAGACGAGACAGAUCGGAAUCAGCUCAGCUGGAGAGUCAGCGUGGGAAUUUGAAUUAACUGCUUUGACACAUCGUUGGAAGCUUUUCAGAUCACCCUCAGGGAUUUAUUAUUAUUAAUAUUAUUCACCGCAGCAGCAGAAGGAGAAAAACUCCCAGUGUGCGCCUCACCAUGGUCCUGUGUGAGGAUGGCGAGUGCAGCGUCUGCCUCCUGCCAUACUCCCGCAUGGACCGGAUACCCCGGGUGCUCCACUGCAGGCACACCUUCUGCGAGCCGUGCCUGGAGACGAUAUCCCAGCUGAGGAGCGGGCACCUGGCCGUGUCCUGCCCGCUGUGCCGCCGGGUCACCUGCAUAGGGCGAGAGCGCAGCCUGCAGGAGGCCCUGUGGGUCGACCUGGAGCUGUGGGAGCGGAUACAAGAGGCAGCAGUGGUGGAAGAGCAGGAGGAGGUGGAGGAGGAAGAGGAUGGACAGAAACAAAGAGUGGCGGUGCAGAGGGUGGAGGCUAAACAGCAGCCCGCAUUACAGGCCGAGUGCGUUUCCUGGAGGCCGGCCCCGGCGCGCCGCAGGCUGCCCUCUCUGUUCCGGAGGUUCAGCUGGACCAAGCCGCACCAGGAGACCGUCAUCCCCGGCAGCAACAACGUGGAAAUGAAAUCCUGGCGCCGACUCUCAACAGACGACGUCUUCUAAGAAAUGCAACCAACCGGUGGAUCCAUUUUGUCUUCCUGUUGGGAGACGGUUUUGUCCUCAGCUGAAGGUCUUCCCAUUAUUUCAUCCAGGCUUAAAUCUCCCAGCUGGUGCAGUGGGAUUUAGUUCAGCUGUCCCAGUCCGGCUAACGCCCCCAAAACCCCCUCACAGCAGAUGGUCCGCUCUUCAUCGCUCAGUGUAACUUAUUCUUUUCUUUAUUUAUGACAGUUUGUUGACAGAGUUUGUAAUUAAACUAUUUUUUAAAUAUU